AUGCGAUUCUACAAAUACCAGUUCCAAAAAACCAUAAUUUUUGGCAGCCAAGGUGAUGUUGUUCUUGGCCUUUAUGUUGGAAGCGGUAUAGACACUGUUGUCUCCGGCAAUCUACUUCUACAAGAGGUUAUCAAGUACGGAGCUACCAGUGCUGCAUCCCAGACCGAUCAAUUUGCAGCCCAGGUUUGCGGAAAUGAGUAUGAUGGAUCUCAAACCAUGGGCCUCAUUGUCAGUACUACUGGUGACUACGAAGUAUUGCAGUCAGCCAUGCAGAGCUGGGCAAAUGCCUCAUGUGUUACUGGUUACGACAGUGUCGCUUAUAGCAAUACCACUAUAGCGACAAUACCUGCCACAACCUCUGCAAAUCUUCAAGUUGUUGAUGUUCAGAAUUCUCAGAGUGCCUCGAUCCAGACUCGAGACACCACAUGCUCAUAUAUUCUUGUUGUCUCUGGUGACAGUUGCGGAACCCUGGAUACUCGUUGUGGUAUUACUGCGGCGGAGCUCAGCGAGUAUAAUCCUAGCUCUACACUUUGCUCUACCCUGGCGGUUGGGCAAGCUAUUUCCUGUUCAUCAGGAGAUCUACCUGAUCUUUCUCCUCAAGAAGGUCUUCUUGCCCAAGAAUAUUCUCUUACUGUCGAUGAAAUUGAAGAGUAUAACACAGAGACUUGGGGUUGGAUGGGUUGCGACGAUUUGCAAUUGGGUGCUGCGAUUUGUCUGAGCACUGGAGAUCCUCCAAUGCCCGCAAUCAUAUCCAAUGCUGAGUGUGGACCACAGCUUUCUGGCACAGUACGACCAAGCGACUGGUCUGAUAUCAGCUUGUUGAACCCAUGUCCUUUGAACGCCUGUUGCGAUAUUUGGGGUGAAUGCGGCAUUACACCGGAUUUCUGCACUGCAACAGAUUCAUCUACGGGUGCACCUGGUACAGCUGCCACUGACUCCAAUGGUUGUAUUUCCAACUGCGGAACAGAAAUUACCAACAAUGAUGAAGCCCCGGACCAGUUUUUCAAUAUUGGGUACUAUGAGGCAUUUGGAGUGUCCAGACCCUGCCUUGAUAUGAACGCAAGCCAAAUACCGUCUUCCUAUUCCCAUAUCCACUUCGCAUUUGGUGGAGUCACCGACGACUACCAAGUGGACCUGUCGACCUCUGAGGACCAGUUCAGCGAAUUUGUCAAUAUGAACUCCUUCAAAAAGAUCCUUUCAUUUGGAGCUUGGUCAUUCUCAACGAGUCUCGAUUCAUAUCCGAUCUUCCGAGAGGGUGUUUCCGAUGCCAACAGACUUACAUUUGCACAGAGUGUUGUCGACACAGUCAAUGACUAUGAUCACGAUGGUGUAGACUUUGACUGGGAGUACCCAGACGCCCCUGAUAUUCCUGGUAUUCCCGCAGGAAAUGCCACAGAUGGUCCUAAUUAUUUGGAAUUCUUAACCACUCUCCGUGAUCUUCUUCCAUCCGACAAGUCUAUCUCAAUGGCUGCUCCAGCGUCCUACUGGUAUAUGAAGGAAUUUCCGGUUGCCAAUAUGUCUGAAGUUCUCGAUUAUAUUGUCUACAUGACAUAUGACCUUCAUGGACAAUGGGACUACAACAAUUCAUUCGUCAACCCUGGCUGCCCAACUGGAAACUGCCUUCGUUCUCAUGUUAAUCUGACUGAGACGGAGUAUGCGCUGGCCAUGAUUACUAAGGCUGGUGUUCCUGCUAACAAAGUGGUUGUUGGCAUUGCGAGUUAUGGUCGAAGCUUUGGCAUGGACGACCCAAGCUGUACUGGACCAGAAUGCCUUUUUGUUGGCCCAGACUCCACCGCAACAGAGGGUGAUUGCACUGCUACAGCGGGUUAUAUUUCCCAGGCCGAGUUGGAGGAGUAUAAUUCUACAGAUACCCUUUCAAAACGUUCUGUUGAACUUUGGCACGAUGACAGCAGUGAUUCCGAUAUGAUGCUAUACGGCGACGACACAUGGGUAGCUUAUAUGUCGAAUGCUACAAAAUCAUCUCGUAUAUCGCUAUAUGCGGGUUACAAUUUCCUGGGCACCGUGGACUGGGCCGUGGAUCUUGCCACUUUCGUCGAGAGCGAGGAUAUCACCACUACUGACGGCAGCUUGAAUGUCACCGAAGCGAUAGAGGCGUUCGCUGAGGGUCUAACUCUCAGUAACUACAGUAUGGUUGGAACCAUGUAUGAUGCCAACUACACUGAUCUUGCAACUCGAAUUAUCGGUUUUGAUGGCUGCUCAUAUGACCAAUGGAACCAGGUAUACUGGGGCUGGCAACAGUCUUGGAAAAUUAUGAAUUACAUGUAUGAUCUGGUCAAUGACGGCUUGAUCAACCUCAAUGAGGGGGCUGCUAUUGAAUAUUUGGGCCCACCUGCCCUAAAUCAGGAUGAGCAAGCGCAUUACAAAGACGUUUUUCUGAACCUUGCGACAAUCCAGCCAGCCUAUACCUCGAACGAGGACGCUAAGUACAAAGUUGCCCGUAUCAACUUCUGCCCGGGGUACUUUGCCAUGGACACUCUUGACCAAGCCAUGCGGACUGCCGACAAAGGACUCGGUGCGGAUUGGUACUGGCAAAAUGGGGGGACCAACCCAGGUUACUGGACUCUUCGCAACUCGGAAAGCUUGUCUCUGUAUGGCAUGGCCCUAUACGUGCAGAAGGCACUGGGAGACAUAUAUCCACACCUCCCGCUGGCACCCGAGACUCCCAUUAAUGUUGGACAAAGCAUCGCUAUCCCUGGUCUCUUUGAGAUGUUUGCGAACGGUACAGCUGAAAUUACCUUCAAUUCAAAUUCUGAUGAUGACACCGUCUGGUCUACUGAUGAAGGCGCAUGUGCUGCUAUGGAUGACCAGGAUUAUGACAUGAACACAGGCGACGGUUAUGUCCUCACUCUGAGUGCCGACUUUGCUGUUCAAUCCGACUACCCCUCUGACUACUUAUCCAGCCGGUCUUCCUGA